AUGAAACGGACACGACGAACUGGUCGUGGCAUAUGCGACUUUGCAAAUGUUAUAGAGUACAUAAAGCAUGGAAAAUACCCGAAAGAUGUUUCUGAAGGUGAAAAAAGAAGCCUGCGAAAACGCUCGAAGAGUUUCAGACUGGAUGGCGAAAAUCUUUAUUAUUUGACGAAUCAAACUGAAAGUAAAGGUGAUGUAGUGUCAGAAAAAAAUGAUCGAUUGGUUCUUCUCACCGAGGAACAACGUCUGGAGGUCAUUGCCGAAGCACAUGUAGAUUCAACAGGUGUGCAUUUGGGUCGAGAAAAGGCUACAAACCUCAUCAACAAGAAGUACUAUUGGGUGGGUGUGUCCAACAUGGUGAGAGAGUAUGCCAGGUCAUGCAAGGUUUGUUGUGCCAACAGACUGGCCCAGAGCCAGGCCUAUGAACUUUAUAGAGCACAAAUAACCCAUAUAGCUAAGGAGGAAGAUGAAUUUCAUGAUGUGGAGACAGCUUCAUCAUUGUCGUCAUCCUAUUUAUCCACUUCCUCUGAUGUAGCUGACGACUUGGUCAAAUCAGAAUGGCAGACUCCAUUAGAACCUGUGGCAUUUGGGGAAGUGGUGGAGCUCUCUGUUUUAGGACCACACAAGUGUCAGAACGGUAGUCGGUAUGUGGUUGUUUUCAUGGAUGUAUACUCUGGUUGGCCAGAAGCAUAUGUUGUGGAUAAGGUGACGCCUGCAGAUAUAACACACCUUGUUAUCAACUGGAUCUGUAGAUUUGGAAUGAUGCAGAAUGUGAGUAUAAAGAACAGUGGAUCAUGCUCCAUGACAGAAUGCCAACCAUUGACUAGAAUCUUAAAGGAUCAGGGCCUUUUUGACAUUGUUAUACAUCAAAGUUCAACUGUUUGGAAUUCAACUUCACAGUGGAAUGAAGUAGAAGACAGACUUGUUAGUUUUAUAGAGAAUAAUGUAUGUUGGGAUAAAUGUUUGGAGUUUGCCCUUCUGCCUCUGCGUAUAUCUAGAGGAAGACAAGCUGAGUACACGCCAAGCUAUUUAACAUUUGGAAGGGAAUUGCGAUUACCACUGUAUCUGUCACAUCGGGAGGGUGACACCAAUACAAGUGCAACAAUGGACCCACAUCUUACUCUAAAUCAGAUGGAGUGCUCCACUGAUAAACUGAUCCAGCUUUACACAGAAUAUGCCUAUGAAAUGGGGAAGGAAUUCAAAGAACAAAACAAGGAGGUGGCAAACAGGGGAGACUUUAAAGUACCUGUCAGUUCUAACCAUUCUGGAAAGAAACGUGGGAGGAAGAGGAAAGAGUUACAACAGACUGAUGAGGACAAUGAAGAGAAUGAGAAUAGAGGUGUUGAUAUCCUGAUGGGCGAUACAGUGGAUAGUACAGAAAUUUCUCCAUCAGCAACGCUGCCCACAGGAUCAAGGAAGCGCAAACCCAGACAUUCCCAACAACUCAAGGAUAGCAAACAGAUCAAAACGGAGAAAGACAUGGAGGCAGAACUUGAUGGAGACUCUGAGAAAAGUAAUCAGGAUAUGUGUAAGGUUUCUUUAGAUGUGUUUUAUAGAAGCAUUUUGAUGUACUUGGAAAAAAAAACCUACCCUGCAGGAAGUAGUGAACACCUGAAGCGAGCUGUCAGGAAAGCCCACAAUCACUACUCUGUAGAUGAUGGAAAGCUCAUGUACAAAGUGGGAUCUUCUAUUAAAAGAGAGGUCAUCACCACACUAAAGGGCAGACUGGAACUCCUGCAGGCAGCACACAUAGACUCUGAAGGUAAUCACAUGCCUGUACGACAUGUGGAGAGAAAGUUAUCUCAGUACUACUGGAGAAGUAUAAUGGCUGAUUGUCAGGCAUUUGUGGCUGCUUGUCCUACAUGUGAUCAGAAACGUUCCGAGAAAAAAACAAAUUUGACAGAUGCACCCACAAUGGCUCGAAUUCGGAGAUAUGAGAAAAUGGCUGAUGUUGCAGAGAAACACUAUGCCUUGCUUAUACAGUAUCUUCAGAAGUCAAAGUUCCCACCCUCAACCACAGAUAAUGAUAAAAUUGCAGUUGAAAAGAUAGCUGACCACUUUAAGCUUGUCAAAGGGGUUCUUUAUUUGAUGGACAAAUCAUCAAGUAUGUGUGUGGAAAUAGCUAGCAGAGCACGAAAAAUGGCCAUUAAGUCUGCUCACCAAAGUACAGGCAGCACACUUCCUAGCUAUGAAGAGCUAUGUGGAGCUGUCAGUCAGAAGUAUAUAUGGCAUGGACUAUCCACAGACGUAUUUCACUACCUGAACUCUCUGGGGUCUACGGCUCAGGAAUGUCCUGUAACAAAACCCAGCCACAUAGAAAAGAAGAGAUUGGAAUUCAUUGAGUAUUUUAACGAUGAAAAAGCAUUUUUCGAGAAAUAUGAAGACCAGUCUGUGGCUCAAUCAACCCAGGAUGAAUUAGAAGAAAAUAAUGAGUUGACUGUGCAGAUUGGGCUGGAUAUGGAUGUGUUUGAUUGUGAGGAACCAUCAGGCAACACUGCCAACAAUCAGUCAGAGGAGCAGGUCACAGAUAAGACCAUGGAUAAAACAGAAAGUAGUGUGAGUGAUGGAGCAGACACUGAGGUAGGACUAAACAACUAUGUAAGUAACAAUUCUAAUAAGGUCUAUGUUGUAUCAACGACAAGGAAUCCAGCGGAGGCCGAGUCAGAAAUUACUGUACACAUAACAGAGGAAACAGAAAACAGCAAUAAAGCCAACAAAGAAGAAUUGUUAUUAUCUGAAAAAGAAGGUGUUAUGAAAAAGAAAUCUCAGUUAUCUGAUCUUGGAGAAGGAGGGUUAGUUCAGCUGGCUAAUGCCCUGGCUCUAGUAUCUGAUCCUCUAACUGAAGCUGCUGUUCAGUCUAUUAUACAGGGGGUAGACUCAUCACAGAAGGUCAGUGUCACACCACUUAAAGCUGACACAACAAAGGCAUCAAAGCAAACAGGCAAGAAGACUGCAGCAAGUGCUACAAGUGGUCACUCUCAAUUACCAAGCACCAGUGUCAACCCACAAGAUUCAACAAAGCCAAUGGCAGAUGAGGAGACUGGGGAUGGCAAGAAAAAGAAGACGUCAUGCUUGUUCACCUGUAACAUAUGUAAUCAAGUUAUCCGUGGAAACGUCAAGUUUAAAAUUCACAUGGCAAAACACAAUGGUCAGAAGCCGUUCCAAUGUGAUGUGUGUAACAAGCAAUUCACCAAUAUCAAAUCCAGACGGAUGCACAUGCGGAAACACACGGGCGUAACUCCAUAUCUGUGCAAUCUCUGUGGAAAGAAGUUUACAUUGAUUGGCAGCCUUAAAGCACAUAUCAAAAUCCAUGAAAAAGGUGGUUGUGUUAAAAUAGUUUGCAAGAUUUGUGACAGGGUGUUUGCUAGCCAGAACCGAUAUGACAGGCAUAUGGAAUUUAAACAUCCCAGCACUCCUCCAGUCUACAAGUGUGAUGCAUGUAGCAAGUUCUUUACCACUGCAAGAAGCUUGAGGCGACACACGAUGUCCUUCCACAUGAACAUCAAGUACCAUCUCUGUGGAGUGUGUGGGAAAAGUUUCUUCAGGAAAGAAUAUCUGACAUCUCACUUGGCCCAACAUCAAGGACUUUCAGGUGUCCGAAAGGUCACAAAGAAACGUGAAUCCUCAUUAAAGGCGGAACCUAGGGAAGAAGUGGUUCAUGUUGAGCACAUUGGUCCUUCAGUGGUACAGAGACAUGUACAGCAACUACCCGAGUCUGCAACAAUAGUGGUUGAUUCCUCAGACAUCCAAGAUAUCCAACAUGCAGAUCUUCAAACCUUGGAUCAGUCAGAUGUACAAAACAUUGGUUCCACAGUGGUGCGCCAUGUUAGCAGUUCAGAUGUAACCAGGCCAUCUCCUGAAGCCUUGGAAACUUAUCAGGCUACACAUAUUGUGGCUGCUGGAAAUGUCACAACAGACAAUUUAGCACCAGUCACACUGUACUCCAACUCACACAUGCAUUACACAGACACAGGUGCUCCGGUGGAGAACACUUACUACACGAUUGAGACCACUAGUCAGGAUGAUGAACAGCAGGCGGCUGUGGUGUAUGGCUACCCUGCAGUUCAGUAUGAGGUGGAGUGUAGCUCUGGGGCUGAACAGCUCAACAGUGAGGACUUGUCAGCCAUUAAUCUCCUAGCACAGGCUAGUGUAUGUCAGGGCAAUGAAUCCAUUACCUAUGUUGCCCAUGCAUACCAGUAAUGUGUUAGACAAAUAGUUCAUUACCUACAUCACACACAGACCAGUAGUAUUAGGCCAUGAGUCCAUUACCAUGUCACACAUGCAUAUCAGUAAUAUGUUGGACAAAGAGUCCAUUACUUUUUUCAAAUGCAUACAAUUCUGUCGGACAUUAAUUACAUAUGUCACAAGGAGAUAUUUAUGUAUUCAUACACUGCUUUCAUUACUUUUAGCACAAAUGGUUACAAAUGUCGAACAAAUCAAAAGAUACGUCAAGUGGGUACCUUAAUGCAUGUUCAGACAAGUCCAUUACUUACUUCAUUUGGGUACCUGUUAUACAUGUUUGGAUGAGUACAUGAACUAUAUCACUGGACUACCUGUAAUGCUAAUUGGGACAAUUCAGAUACCUACAUGUACAUCAUUAGAAAUGAGUUAUAAAUAUGUGUAUUAAAGAAGUAAUGUAAAAGUUCUAAAAUAGAGCACAAAAGUACUUAAAGUAAAAAAAUCAUUUAAUUAAACAGAAAGGUAUCAUGCCAUAAAGAUAAAACAAAAUGCUUAUGAUCUAAAGAGUUCAGAAAUGAUGUUGGUGAAACUUUUAACUUUUGAUGACAGUGUAGACACAAGUUUGUUCAGUAUCAAUAAUGUAUAGAAAAUUGUUGAUUCAGAAUUGAUAAUGGCAGUCAGGCAUAGUCAAAAUAUUAAAGGUUGUGGUGAUUAAGUUUUGUUUUAGCAUGUUACACACACAUGGAUGUGGCAUGAAUUCCCAUCCUGAGGUUCAUAUAUAUAUAUCUAUAUUUUUAUAUAUACAGGUAUAUAUCUACAUAUGUAUAGGGACCGAGGGUUGGAAAUUGGUGCCAAGUCCCUGUGGUUAUAUAUGUCAGAUUUGUAUAAUCAUGUUUUCAGAGUGCCUGAUAAAUACAUCUAAUGAUCUGACCACAUAGUGCAUGUUUACCAUCAAGUUAUGUUUGCUUUGUUUUCAUGGCUCAAGAUAAACAGGCAAUUUGGAAGUAAAUAGAGAAAAACAAUUCUGUUCUACAAGUUAUCAAUAUGUUUCAUCACUUGGUUGCCUUGUUAUUGAAUGUGACCUUGUCAUAUUUUAGUGUAUUACAUGUGAAAUGUAGCCUAUUGGACAUCAGAUGUAGAAAAUGGGGCAAAGCCAAAAUUGGCUGGGUUGCGGGAUAAGUGCAAUGUUUUAUGGUAUUUAUAAGACAGUUAAGGGUGUUUCAUUUGUUGAGUAUCAAGAAAAAACAUCCGGAAUGAAUCCAUGAUAGGAGGUGCACAUCUUCAACAUAUAUGUAAACAUCCUACAAAGUUUCAAGCUUCUACGUCAAAAACUGUAGAAGUUGAUUCUACAAAACUGGUACCCCUUUUACCCGCCCGCCCGUCCACCUAACAUUCACCAUACUAUAACCCGGAUUUGCACACAGGUUACAUUGUGACGUAACAGUCAAAAUGAUGUGGAAAGAUCUGUUUUCUACAAUAUUUAUCUGAAUAAUUAAUCAUGCAAUAAAAAGGAUUUUAAAUUUG